UCUACCUAUGGAUAUCCAGUUUUCCAGCACCAUUUGUCAAAGAAGCCAACUUUUCUUCAAAUAUGUUGGGCUCCUUUGUCCAAAGACCAGAUGACUGAAGGCGCACGGAGGCUCUGCCCACUUAGCGGUUGGGCUGGGUCCUUCUGUUGGCCACUAUCGUGGGGCUGCUGCUCCAGCACCUCGCAGCUAGACUGGGAGUGGUCACCGGGCUGCACCUCGCCGAAGUGUGUCACCGUCAGUAUCCCAAGGGUUCCUCUGUGGAAUGGAGUUCUCAUCACCAUCGCAGAUACUUUUGUAUUUCUCUCUUUGGACAAAUAUGGUUGCCACCACACCUGGCUAGAAGCAUUUUUUGGCUUUCUCAUCACUGUUAUGGUCCUCACAUUUGGAUAGGAGGCAAUUGGUAUGUAACAGUGCCAGGUACUGAAGGGCAUGUUCGUGCCAUCCUGCUCUGCGCCACAGUUCCAGCAGGCUGCGGGUGUCUUGGGAGCGGUCAUCGUGCCACCAAACGUGUACCUACAUUCUGCCUCAGUCAAGGAGGGUAAGAUAAACUGUAACGAGAAGCAGGAAGUUCGAGAGGCCAGCAGGUACUUUUUCAUUCAGUCCUGCAUUGUUCUCUUUGUUUCCUUCAUAGCUAAUGUCUGUGUCAUCGCAGCUUUCGCUGAAGCAUUUUUUGAGAAACCCAGGCAGCAGGUGGUGGAUGUCUGUAAAAAUAGCGGCAGUCCCUAUGCCGGCCUCUUUCCUGAAGGUAACUCAACCCUGGCUGGUGUCGUGCUGGGCUGUUACUUUGGGCCUGCUGCACUCUACAUCUGGGCCGUGGGGAUCUUGGCUGCAGGACAGAGCUCCACUAUGACAGGAACCUAUUCCGGCCAGUUUGUCAUGGAGGGAUUCCUGAACCUCAGGUGGUCCCGAUUUGCCUGAGUGAUUCUGACUCGUUCUAUUGCCAUCAUCCCCACUCUGCUCGUUGCUGUCUUCCAAGAUGUAGAGCAUCUGACAGGGAUGAAUGACUUCUUAAAUGUUCUGCAGAGCUUGCAGUUUCCAUUUGCUGCCAUACCUACCUUCACAUUUACAACCUUACAGCCAGUAAAGAACAACUUUUCCAGGGGAAUCUGGAGGAUUGAAGGUGGAAUCUUGGUCUUUAUCAUGUGUUCCACCAACAUGUACUUUGUGAUGCUUUGUCAGGAACUAGGGCAUGUGGCGUUGCACGUGGUGGGUCUGGUCAGUGUGCUUUAUCUGGGCUUUGUGUUGUACUUGGGUUGGCAGUGUCUGAUUGCACUGGGCUUGUCCUUCCUGGACUGCGGGCACACGGUAAGCAUCUCUAAAGUCCUGCUGACGGAAGAAGCCCCUGGUGGCUGUCCUAAGUAAACUCUGGCCCAGUCUGUCUGUGAGCCGCAGGUAGCCGUCAGAGCCAGUGCGUUUCUAUGGUUUACUGUGUGAACAUGGCUACAAGUAUGUGCCGCUGCACAUUUUAUGACUAUGCUGCGGGCAGACAAAGACUUUGUUUCAUAUACAUGUGAAAGAUGGAUUUUUUUUUCCCUUUCCUCUAAGCCAGAGGACUGAAUUAGGUAGGAUCUUUGAAAAAGCUGAUGUUUGCUGCUAUCAUUCCAACACUAAAUGCUUAAAUAGUUGCCCAAGACAGAAUUCUCUAUGCAUGAUUUUUAA